AUGAGCUGCUUCCAGCCCGGAACCGAGGCUAACUCCGCCAGCCGACUCGGACCGGUGGUGGUGUCGUGGAAGCUGCGCAGCCACGGGCGGGCCUGUUCGCUGUUCGCAGCCGUGCCUCGAUCGCCGCCCGUGCCAGAGGUCUCUCUCCAAUGGCGGUGACGAGCGCCGCAGCCCGCCGCUUCCUCGCGCUCGCGCCCGCCCGGGGACCCCGCGCCUUCUGGUCGGCCUCGUGUCCACCCGACCCCGACGCACCUUCCGCCUCGUCGACGUCUACCGACAACAACAGCAGGAGGAAGAAGAAGGAGCCGUCCGGGUCCGCCCACCACCGCCUCGCCGCCGUCAUGGACGCCGUCAACGAGCGCAAGCUCCCACCCGAGCUCAGUGGGCGCGGCAACGCAGUAAGGUCUGAAACUGACAUUGUAAAUGUCGUUGAACAAAGAAUAUGGCAUUCAAUGGAGGAAGGGCACUUUGAAAAUCUACCAGGGAAGGGCAAACCCUUAAACCUCACUUCAAAUCCUCAUGCCGAUCCUGCCGAAGACACCCUUUACAGGAUACUUUCAAAGAAUGGUUGUGCACCUGAAUGGGUUGAACUGAAUAAGGAAAUUCGUGGCAUGAUCUUGAGCUGGAGGUCGGCAUUAAGGAAAGCAUGGGCAAACCGCUCUGAAGAUGAUGAUUCUAACUGGAGUGAUGACAGCAGGGCUCUCCAGGAGCGAAUUCGCCAGAUAAAUGAUAAGGUUUUCCGGUACAACCUGAUAGUACCCUUUGGGCGUCAGUUGUUUGGUCUGAACUGGGACAAGGAGCUGGACAAGUUGAAGGAAGAAUAAAGGACAAAGAGGUGGACACAUUGGUGAACAUAGCAUGGAGGACUUUUGUUGUAUCAAAAUGACCUGUAACUAGGAAUACCUGAUAGGACAUACACAUACUUAAGAAAAACCAUGAAAGCUGAGUAUAGGUAUUUACACGUAGGCUUUUAUUAGUUUAUAUAUUUUUGGAGAACCAAGUUUUCCGGUGUUUCCGGUGCUGUAGCCGAUUUUGUGAUAAAACUCUGUCACAUGGGUAAAACCUGAGAUAAUUUCUUAGCGGUAAAACUCGAUCUAUGCCACAUGGGCUAAGCUCCA